GCCCGGGAGCGUGUGUUCGUGGUUGCUUCUGAGCGGCGGCGGCGGCGGCGACAUGGACGACGAGGAGGAGACCUACCGGCUCUGGAAGAUCCGCAAGACGAUCAUGCAGCUGUGUCACGACCGUGGCUACCUGGUGACCCAGGAUGAGCUGGAUCAGACACUUGAGGAGUUCAAGGCACAGUUUGGGGACAAGCCGAGCGAAGGCCGACCGAGGCGGACAGACCUCACCGUGCUGGUGGCCCACAACGAUGACCCCACGGACCAGAUGUUUGUGUUCUUCCCAGAGGAGCCCAAGGUGGGCAUCAAGACCAUCAAGGUGUACUGCCAGCGCAUGCAGGAGGAGAACAUCACGCGGGCGCUGAUCGUGGUGCAGCAGGGCAUGACACCCUCCGCCAAGCAGUCCCUGGUGGACAUGGCCCCCAAGUACGUGUUGGAGCAGUUCCUGCAGCAGGAGCUCCUCAUCAACAUCACGGAGCACGAGCUGGUCCCUGAGCAUGUAGUCAUGACCAAGGAGGAGGUGACAGAGCUGCUGGCUCGAUACAAGCUUCGGGAGAGCCAGCUGCCGAGGAUCCAGGCUGGGGACCCUGUGGCGCGGUACUUUGGAAUCAAGCGAGGGCAGGUUGUGAAGAUCAUCCGACCCAGCGAGACGGCUGGUCGCUACAUCACCUACCGCCUGGUGCAGUAGCUGCAGGUAAAAUCCAAGCACUCUGGAGGCCGAGGCAGAGGAUUGCUGUGACUUCAAGGCAAGUUUGUGGACUCAAGCAAGCGUGGUCCAGCCCCAGCAAGCGUUCCGGUGUGAGGUUCUGAAAAACAUUCAGAAGGAACCCAGAGCCGAUGUCCUAGCGCUUGCCUGUAAUCCCAGACCCAGGGAGGCUGAGGAGAGGCAGGAGGAUUGCUG